UGAAUUUUCCACUCCAGCCUUGUGAGUGAUCUGGCCUCCUUCCAGGAGGGACAGCCCCUCCUGCACCUCUGCACAGGAUGGCAGCCUCGAGGCUGGUGUUGUCGCUGCUGGUGGCAGCUGUCCUGCUGCAAGUGGCCACCACGCUGAAGAUCGGUGCCUUCAACAUCAAAGCGUUUGGGGACACCAAGAUGUCCAACCAGACCGUGGCAAAUAUCAUCGUCUCUAUCUUGUCGGAGUACGACGUCGUUCUGGUGCAGGAGGUCCGGGAUGCUGACCUGAGUUCUGUGAAUGACCUCAUGGACCAGCUCAACAGUGCUGGGAGGCACCCAUACAGCUUUUUGGUCAGCAUCCCCCUGGGUCGAACCAGCUACAAGGAGCAGUACCUCUUCAUCUACAGGUCAGACAUGGUCUCUGUGCUGGGAAGCUACUACUAUGAUGAUGGCUGUGAGCCCUGUGGGAACGAUACCUUCAGCAGGGAGCCCUUCAUUGUGAAAUUCUCCUCACCCACCACACAGGUACAGGAGUUCGUGUUGGUGCCUCUGCAUUCUGAGCCCAGCCAUGCAGCACAAGAGAUCGAUGCACUCUACGACGUCUACACUGAUGUCAUCAACAAGUGGGGAACUAAUGACAUAAUCCUCCUGGGUGAUUUCAACGCUGACUGCUCCUACGUGACCAGCUCCCAGUGGCCGUCCAUCCGCCUGCGCUCCCUCAGCGCCUGCGAGUGGCUCAUCCCCGACAGCACCGACACCACUGUGGCCGACACCACCAACUGCGCCUAUGACCGCAUCGUCGCCUGCGGCACCGCCCUGCGCCAAGACAUCGAACCUGGCUCGGCCACCGUCAACAACUUCAAGAAGAAAUUCCAGCUCCAGAUCAAGGAUGCUUUGGCUGUCAGCGACCAUUUCCCAGUGGAGGUGACCCUGAAAGCCAACUGAGCCUGUCCCUGCACCAAUGGCUACCAGGACACCUCAGCACACACCUGCAUCCCUUGUGGGAGCCCACACACCACUGGUGCCAGCCAAGCUGCCCACUGCCUCUGCAAGGAGUUCUUGAGCUCUUGUGGAAGUGUUAAGCUUUCUGCUUCCAUUAAAAAUGAGCCUUUCCCUGCCUCUGCA